AUGUUGUUGAACAAUAAUUGUGAGGCAUUCAACAAUGUGUUAGUAGAAGCAAGGGGGAGGCCUAUAAUUUCUCUAAUGGAGUGGAUUAGGAGAUAUGUAAUGCAACGAAGCGCAUACAAAAGGGAAGGAUUGAGUAACUUUGAAGAAAUAUAUGGUUUAAGGGUAAUCCCAGUGGAUGUGUAUGAGUUUGAGGUGGAUGAUAUUGAAGACUUUUACCUUGUAAAUUUGGCCAAUAGAACUUGCCAUUGUGGAAGUUGGGACCUUAUAGGGAUUCCUUGCAAACAUGCCGUUGCUUGUAUUGUUCUUAGAAAAUUAGAUGCCAAAGACUUUGUCCACGAGGUGUAUCUCGUAGAAACGUAUCGAAAAACGUAUAGUCCAAAGUUUUAUGGUAUGCCAGGACACAAAAUGUGGCCAACAACCACUUUAGCCAAACCACUUCCUCCACCAUAUCGAAAGAUGCCUGGAAGGCCUAACAAGAGGAAAAGAAAGAAGGAAGUUGAUGAAGGUAAAGGAGGAAAGAAGGCUGUUAAAGAAUUCAAGCAACGGAGAUGUGGUAAUUGCGGUGACCUAGGUCACUAA